GACCGUGUAUUCAAAGCGUUUAAGUGCACGGGUUGUUUACAUUUCUACUUUUGUGGGUUCCAAUAGAUUAAACAUGUUAAACGCUUAGUCUUCAAGUGCCACGACGAGCAAAAACAUGGAGGACCAACUUGAGCUUUUAUCUUUUCGAUCAAUUGCUCGAGAAACAAUAAAUGGUUAUGUAUUUUGGUCCUUGUUUCAAGGUCUAGGACCUAUGAUAUGGUUCUAUCCUUUAAAUGAACUCGACAUAUCCGGAUAUGAGGCAUUUGCUGCCACCUGGUUCAGCCCUAUCCUCCUUGGUAUACCAGGCAUGCUGUCACUGGUUCAGAAUCGAUGGGUCUUGGGUUUGCUUCGGCUUCUAAUGGUUGGAUCACUAGCUUCAUUUCAGGCACCAACAACUCUGACCAGACUCAUGAUUCUUGCAGGGGGAGCUGGAGUUCAAAUGCUUGUUUUAGCAGCCACAUUAUGGAGUCCAGAUGUCAAAAUCAGGUCCUCCACAUUCUGGGGUCUAUUUCUGGGGCUACUGUCCUUGAUCACUAGCAGGAUAUUUUUUGCCUCUUUUAUUCCCACAUGGUGGAGCAACACUACAAACUCAGCAAUCAUUGCCAUAGCAGUCAUUUCCACCAUAGAUCAAAUAAUUUCAGGAGCAGACAUUGUAAACAACAAAGAAAAAGAGAGGCCUGAGCAGCCGUAUUGGUUGCCUACAGCCUUUGGAUUUGGAAGUCUUAUCUAUCUGACACACUGGUGUUUCGGGGAGGUGUCCUUGAUUACUAGAUGGGUAGUGACUGGCUAUCCAGACCAUGGGCCAAUGCCUUAUCCUUGGGGAAUUGGUGUGUUUUUAUGUCUUGUAUUUGGAUUUUACAUGUCAGCAUGUCGUCACGUAGCACAAAGUAAAAUCUGGUGGCUGAUAGGAGCUUUAUCUUUAGCUGGACUGUAUUACUUACCAACCUACCAGGGUUACACAGCUGGCCUAGUCCUAGGUGUGUAUACCAUGUCCAUUUGGCCAGAAAUGGCAGACAGAGUCAGUAGAUGUCCCCCAGGGAGGUCACUUGUGGUUGCCGUGGUUACCUAUCUUGUGGAGAUUUUCUUUUUUGUGUGGACUGUGGCAUAUAACUUUGUGCCUGGUGGUGUCUACACAAGGGAACACACAGACUAUCUUAUAGCAACAGUGAUGUUAGGAAUAUUUAUAGGAUUAUUUAUUGGUAAAUCUUUUGACCAGACCUUUACCGCUUUACCUGUAGUUGAAAAGAAGAAGAUUUCACUUUCAAAAGUCAACAUUAUUUUGGGACUGAUUUUAUGUUGUGGCUUGACUGGAUUUGCCACAAGAUACAGUCAACAAAAGAUUUCUCACCCUGCUAAGGUAGGACCUGAACCUGAAUUUUCUGCCAUGAUUUGGACCUACCACUUUGGCUAUGACAAUAAAGGCUGGCCAAGUCUAGAACGCUCAGCCAAACUUAUCAACGAAACAGGAGCUGAUUUUGUGACCCUCCUGGAGAGUGAUGCUUCCAAACCAUUCCUGGGGAACAAUGACCUUGGAAUGUGGCUGGGAGAGAAGCUGGGAAUGUACGUAGACUUUGGACCAGCAACCAAAACACACACAUGGGGGAACCUGAUAUUAUCCAAGUAUCCAAUUGUAAAGUCUACUCAUCAUCUCCUUCCCUCACCACAUGGAGAGCUGGCUCCAGCUAUCUCAGCAACAGUGGACUAUGGUGGGAGACAUGUGGACUAUGUGGUCACUCACAUGGGGAAUGACAGGGAUGUACUGGACCGAGAACUGCAGGCCAAAUUCCUGGCCAGGGAACUCAGGGAGAGCAAGAAUCCAGUAGUUUUCCUGGGUUAUGUGACCUCUGCCCCUGGAAGUCGUGACUACCGUGAACUAUUGACCAGUGGAAAUGUCAAGGACAUCGAUGAAACUGACAAAGGCAGAUGGUGUGAAUAUAUCAUGUACAGAGGGCUGAGAAAACUGGGAUAUGCUCGUAUAACACACGGGGGAUUGAGUGAUACUGAGGUACAAAUGGCCAAAUUCCAGAUCCCAAAGAAUCCCGACAAAUACCAAGAUUACACAAGACUGACCACAGACCCCUCCCAAGUGGACCCUAGUAUACAUUUUAAUAAAAGAUUCGGAUCCUUUCAUCGUGGCCAUGGUUAUUUUUCUGACCAUCAAUUCCACAUGAGCACUCCAAAAUACUUCCUGCCGUAGAUUUAAUCAAAUCUUGCCAUUCCUGACUUCCAGUAUUUCCAAUAGAUUACAAACUGUAUGCUUGCGUAUCUAUGAAAGACUGAAUGAUUCCUAUAAUUCUUUGAUGAUAUACCUGAAGCACCCAUAUUCAAAUCCCAAUGACCUGCAGUAGUGUACUAGUAUGCUUGUCCAAUAAUACUCAAGAAUCUAUCAUGUGAAUGGUAUGCUAUUGCUUGUGUACAAGUGGUGAAAUUGUGUGAAAGGGUGAAGAUGUGAUUUAGCUUAGAGUAACCAUACUCUAGUCCAGACCUACAUUGUAUGACUUUUAUCUAGUAUUUUGCAUGGGAGAAAAUGGUUUGAAGCACAGUUGUACUUAUUUUUUUUAGGAGAGAAAAUAUCACACCUAGAGCUUAUUAUUUUUAUAUCAUAUCAAUCCAGACAGAUUAUAAUUAUUAUAACAUAUCUCAAAGCAGACGUAGCUUGUGUCCUUAUCAUUCAGAGAAUGCUUUUUCUUUCAUGUUUUUUUUUGUCAUUGCUCUGGCUACUCUGACAGUUAUAUAUUUACUCUGUGCACUUGAAGUAUAAAUCUCUAAUUACAUGGUGGAUGGGUGGGAGUGUUUUUGCUUGCUUGUUUGUUUGUUUUUUUUGUUUGUUUCUUGUUGUAUUAUUUAUGUUACAGACAGAAUGUGACCUCACGUCAUGUCCUGAUUUAUUUCAUGUGACAAGUUGUCCAAAUCACAAAUACAAAUGCUAAACAUGCUUAAAAUACUUUUUGAACCUGAUUUUUGUUAUUUCAUGUAUUUUACUUGUUCAUAAUACCAGUUCUUAAUGGACUAGAUCUUUUUUUUAUAUGAAAUCUACUUUUUUUUAAUGAAUAUUAUCUAUGUUUCAUAUUGUUUAUUAAAGAAAUUUCUCUGUA